AUGGCGGAGGGCCUGGACGAGCUCCUGGACGAGGUCGAGUCCAAGUUUUGCCGACCAGGCCCCCUGAGGCGGGGCGCGGCCGGGCGGCCCCGAGGCUGCGGCGGCGGCGUCCUCGGCACCGAGCGGGACCGGGCCGCGGCGGAGGAGACCCUCAGAUCAGCAGAAACAUUUGAGAAAGAAGAUGAUCUUGACAGUCUUAUUAAUGAAAUAUUUGAAGAACCCAACUUGGACAAAAAACCCGUUAAAUUAAAAUCUAAAUCUUCAGGUAACCCAUCUGUCAGAGCUUCCACUCAAAGCCUUGGUAAGAGUUGCAGCCCAGUGUACCUUGGUGGGAGCACUGCCCCGUGUGGCAUUGGAACAAAUACUUCACAGAGAGCCUGUGACCGCCUGCGUUGUGUAGCGUGUGAUUUCAGGGUAGUCAGCUACGACGACUAUAUGUGGGACCAGUCGUGCGAUUAUCUGUUUUUCAGGAACAACAUGCCGGAGUUCCAGAAAUUAAGAACGAAGCUGGUAAAGAAGCCGGGAGCCCGGGCCUAUGCCUGCCAGUGUAGCUGGAGGACUGCCGAAGCCCUGACUGCCCUGCAGGCCGAUCCUCAGCUCCGCUGGGUGUGCGGCAGGCACUGAGGGCGCGGAGCUGGGCGCCCGGCUGUCCUCCUCCCGGCUGUCCUGCUCCCAGUUGUCCUCCCGGCUGUCCUGCUCCCGGCUGUUCUGCUCCCGGCUGUCCUCCCGGCUGUCCUCUUCCCGCUGUCCUCCCGGCUGUCCUGCUCCCGGCUGUCCUGCUCCCAGCUGUCCUGCUCCCGGCUGUCCUCCUCCCGCUGUCCUCCUCCUGCUGUCCUCCCGGCUGUCCCCCUCCCGGCUGUCCUGCUCCCGGCUGUCCUGCUCCCGGCUGUCUUCCUCCCGCUGUCCUCCUCCUGCUGUCCUCCCGGCUGUCCUCCUCCCGGCUGUCCUGCUCCCAGCUGUCCUGCUCCCGGCUGUCCUCCUCCCGGCUGUCCUCCCGGCUGUCCUCCUCCUGCUGUCCUCCCGGCUGUCCUGCUCCCGGCUGUCCUCCUCCCGGCUGUCCUCCUCCUGCUGUCCUCCCGGCUGUCCUGCUCCCGGCUGUCCUCCUCCCGCUGUCCUCCCGGCUGUCCCCCUCCCGGCUGUCCUGCUCCCGCGGGGGCGAGGUGCAGGGCAGUAGCGCGCCCCUGGAGACGGCCGGAAAUCCCCCUAAUGACUCCACACGAUGGAUUCCCAAAGACCAGGAGGACGGGGAGACCGCGUGCUUUCACGCUUUGAAUUCCUUGUUUCUGCCGCGGGGCCAUUUCACUUAGGAAGGAAGGGAGCAAGGCGUCACAUGCCCGGCCGGCCCGUCUCCUCGUACGUGGGACACUCCUUCCGCGCUUCACACCGAUACGUAGCGGCCACCGGUCAGCAGGUGCAGGAGCAGCGGCCGCUGACACCCUCGGCCGCGUCCUUCCCCUACAGCCCUCGGAGAGGGUAGAGCCCGGAGCCGGGCAGCGAGACCCGUGAGGGGCUGCGAACAUCGUCUCCUCCAGCCAGAGACCGAAUCUCAGGCGGGCGUCACCGCGAUGAGCGGCCACGGGGGGUGUGGGCGGGUCGUGUGCGGUGAAGGGGGCCGCUGCCCGCAUCUGGGCCCGCCUCGCUAACCCCGAGUGACACUAUGCACAAGUGAUGAGCGUGUACUCUAGUUUUAGCUUCUCUCUUCUCCUUGGGUUCAUUCCGAUAUCAAUAGUCUGCUAUUUUAGUAAAUAUUCACUUACAUGUAAAAAACUUUUUUCGAUGUCCCUAAAACCACAAGGAAAAAAAUCUGAAUAUGAAUAAACCCUUACUGGAUUUUUCCCCCAA